AUGGCCACCUCGUGGACUGGUGGGUCGACGUCGGCCAGCAGUGGCGCGAGCAAGCGAAACCGCGCCCGGCCCUCGGGAAACAAUCUGGCGCUCUCGCCCAGCAAGAAAUCAAAGAGGCCAAAGAUCUACGACGAAAACGUGACCCGCCGCCUGCCAGAGAAGAUCGUGGGCUACGUGCCCGAGGCCGAAGCCUACGAUCGGUUGGUCGAGUUCGAGCGACGGCUCGACGCCACCCUUCUGCGCAAGCAGCUCGACAUCCAGGAGUCGAAACAGGGCAAGACCUCGCGGACGACGAAGAUCCUGCGCAUGUUCAUCUACAACACCUACGACAAUCAGCAGGGCUACUACCACGUCGACGAGGCCGGCGUUCACGAGCCGCCCUCAUGGACGCUCAGGAUCGAGGGCUACCUCUUCGAUCAGGAGGUGGAUCUGCAGCGCCGCACGACGUCGCGCCCGACCAAGACCAAGUUCUCGCGCUUCUUCCGCAAGGUCCUCGUUCAGCUCGACAAGGACGUCUACACCCCGAACGACAUCAUCGAGUGGGACAAGGCGCAGUCGCACGGCGACACGGACGGGUUUGAAAUCAAGCGAGCGGGCGACGCGGAGACCACCGCCAAGAUCAUCCUCCACCUGGACUACGCCCCGAACCGAUUCAAGCUGUCGCCGGCGUUGGGCGGCGCGCUGGGCAUGCACACCGACACGAGACCCAAAAUCGUGCUGGGCGUGUGGCAAUACGUUCGGGCGAAUCGUUUGCAUGAUCCGGAGGAUCGGCGGUACGUGGUGUGCGACGAGGUGCUGCAGGAGGCCUUCGGCUGCACCCGCUUCGCUGCGUCCGACCUCACGCGGCUCGUCAGCGAACACCUCUCGCCCGCCGACCCCAUCGAAAUCGAAUACACCAUCAAGCGGGAGGGCGACUGGCAGGACUACCGGGAGUGUUACGACAUCGAGGUGGAGGUCGACGAGACGCUCCCGCAGAAGCACCCCAUCCUGAACAACCCUGCCUCGUCUCGCGAGAUGUUGCAGCUGGACGAUCAGAUCGGUAAGCUGAUCGAUCAGAUCAAGGACCACGCCAAGAAACGCGAUUUCCUGGCCGACUUCUACAAGGAGCCCAUCACUGCGAUGAACAAGCUGGUGCAGGACCAAGUGCUGGACUACAAGCUGAUGACUGGAGCCACGGACACUGAGGCAUCCCUGCCCGAAGACGAACGCCACGCCGACUACUACUACCAGCCGUUCACGUUCAAGGCUGUGGAGAAGUACCUGCAGCGGCCUUAG